UCUCAGCCAUGGUUCUGGUUCUGCAGCUGCUGCCUCUGCUGCUCUCGAAGGCCCAUGGGGACCCAGGGGCUUCUCUGGUCGGCAGCCCUGGGGACCGGGUGAAUCUUUCCUGCAUAGGGGUCUCACACCCCAUCCGCUGGACUUGGGCGCCUAGCUUUCCCGCAUGCAAGGGCCUGACCAAAGGACGCCGCCCGAUUCUAUGGGCCUCGUCGAGUGGCAUCCCGACUGUGCCCCCCUUCCAGCGCUUCACCGGCCGCCUACGCUCCCUGGACCCUGGUAUUCGGCGGCUGGAGCUGCUCUUGAGUGCUGGGGAUUCGGGCACCUUUUUCUGCAAGGGUCGCUACGAGAAUGAGAGCCGUACAGUGCUUCACGUGCUGGGAGACAAGGCCCAGUGUAGGGACCCAGGUUCUAAACACGGGUCGAAGUAUCCCCAGGUCCUUAUCCCGCUGCUGGGCGCUGGGCUGGUGCUGGGACUGGGAGCGUUAGGCGCGGUCUGGUGGCUGCGCAGGCGCUCGCCCCCGCACCCGCUUCUACCACUCCCCACAUUUGCUCUAUCCCUCCCACAUAGCUCCCUUCGUGAAUGCCGAGUCCCAGAGGCACAUAGAGGAGGAGGAGGAGCCCAAGAUUCCAGGGAACCUGGACCAGGAGCCGAGCCUGCACUACGCGGACCUGGACCAUGUGGCUCUCAGGAGGCCCUGGCGGCUGUCCGAAGUGGUCCCUGGUGAUUCCUCCACCGUCUAUGCAGUUGUAGUUUGAAGGGAAGUCCUAGCUCCAAAAUUCCCAAACUGGGGUCUCCCAGCUCUCCAUACCCCCCAUCCCCUUCUUGGCCUCUCACCUAGAAGAGGAAGGCACUGUGGAAUAGAAAUGAGCACUGGUUUGGGAGUCUAUAAAGACCUGGGUUCCAGGCUGUCUCUACCACCAAUCUUUCUCCUUCAGUUACUCUCAUCUUUCCUGUAACUUCCACGUCUCCUUCACCACUGAUGUCCUCUCCAAGCCUGA